UAGUAAAGUUUAGUAUCUCGAUUUAGUUCGAUUCGGAAUUUUUCAACAAAAUGAACGUGGUUGUAACUGGCGCGGGAGGAUUUUUGGGAUCGCGCUUAGCGAAUGCUUUGCUGUCUAAGAACUCAAAAUUACCAGUGGCGCGACUAGUUUUAGUGGACCUGCAAGAACCACCUUCGUAUGAAGAUCCCAGAGUAACGACUUUAGCAAUUAAUAUCACUGAUUCUUCAGCAGCAGAUCGUAUUAUCCAAUCCGAUGUUCAUGUAUUGUUCCAUUUAGCUGCUGUGUUAAGUGGUCAAGCGGAAGUUGAUUUAGAUCUCGGCCUUCGUGUUAACUUUGAUGCAACACGAGCUCUAGUCGACACCGCCAGACGUAAAGCUCCUAAGCUUAGGUUUGUAUACACCAGUACCGUUGGAGUAUUCGGAGGUAACUUGCCAGAAGUUAUCAAUGACCUAACCGCAGUUACUCCUGAAAACUCAUAUGGAACUGAAAAGGCAAUGUGUGAGCUUCUUUUAAAUGAUUAUUCUCGCCAUGGUUAUGUGGACGCACGAGUAGUGCGGCUACCUACAGUGAGCGUAAGGGCAGGUACCGCAAAUGCAGCAGUGACAUCUUUUGCUAGUGGUAUAGUACGGGAACCAUUAAAUGGAGAAGUUUGUAUUUGCCCGGUCGACACAAAACAGCAGCUAUUGGUAACAAGUCCGUACACAGUAGUGCAGAAUAUAAUACACGCAGCUACGUUGCCGAUGGAUGUGUUGCGCCCUUGGCGUGUUGUGAACCUACCAGGCAUAUGUAUCUCAGUAGGUGAGAUGAUUGAAGCUUUGCGAGAAGUGGCAGGAUCUGAAGCUGUGUCGUUAGUGAAAUUUAAGCGGGAUGAAAUGAUCGAACGUAUGGUCGCUACCUUUCCGAGCAAGUGGGACAAUACACGAGCUUUGCGUCUUGGUUUUGAUGUCGAUAAAAGUUUUGUCGAUAUCAUUCGCCAUUACAUUCGUGACGACUUGAAGCGUAAAGUGUAAUUAAUUUUUCUAACUAUUACUCGGUUUAUCGCAAUGUUUACAAAACUAAUUAUUUUUUUAUGUGAAAAUAAAUAAAAUUAAUGCAAACAAAAAA